AUGGGAAACAGAAGAAAAGAUUUAUUUAGCCAGUUGGAUGGAUUGUUAGGAGACGCCAUUGAAUUGGAAUGUGCAAAUGAAAAGAGCAGUAGUAGUAAAUUGAAGUAUGGAGGCUUAAACCCCACUAGCUCACGGAGCACGAAUGUAAGCUCCAAUACUUCCAGUAUAAAGAAUAGAAUUGCAAUGUUUGAAAACAAUGAUUACGAUACUGGGAAGAAGUUCUCUAGACGACCUUCUGUUGCUAGUUCGACAAGUUCCACGAGGACGAUCAGAACUUCUCCCAUUCAAACAAUUGAACUCACACAACCGUCAGCAUCUACAUUAAUGAAGACUCGUAGUCGCCUAACCCCAUACAAUUCUAACAACGACAAUAUAAACAGUUAUAAUAACACGGAAACUACAACUGAUACGAUAGAAGACUUCUUGGACUCGUUUAAUUCUAGUUCUAACUCAGAUACAGAAAACGAUGAAGAAUCCACCCAUACAGCGGAUACGUCUAUAUUUUCAGAGUCACCUCCUCCAAAGUCGACCGCUGUGAAGAUCACUACUACAUCACCCACUUGUUCUACACCUAUGACCCACAAACAGUUUCAAAAUAUAAUACGGAUUGGUACGUCGACGGUGGAUCACUUGAGUGGGAUGUUGGAGUGCAUGGAAGCAAUGGUGUUAUCUGAAAAUGAUUUCAUAGAAAACGAAUUAAGAAAUUUUACCACUACCAUACAAGAAAGUGCAGCCCACAAUACGUAUAUCAUAAAGGUAUUUCCUUAA